UAAAUAUGGUUGUGUGAUUAUAUUUAAUAUAUAUUUAUUUAAAUAAAAAUCCUGACCUGCUCCACUCUAAUAUAUGUCUAAUAUAUUUAAUGGACGUGUGUAAAAUAUCUAGUCUCCCCGGUCUUUCGUAACUAUCGCAAGUAAAAGGGUGAAGUACCCUAACGCAUCGAAUGGGGGCAGACGUGAGCGCAACGAGUGCUUGUUGCUGCAUUUAUUCUACUCCGGAAAAGACCCUCGGCUUUGACAAGUUGAUAUUAGAAAGUUAAGUGUGCUGCAGCUUGUCGUUUGUGUGUCGAACUUCUUGAAACUCUUGGAAUUACUAUUUUUUAAAACAAAGUUCUAAAACAAAAUAAUAAUAACAACAAUAAUUAUCAGGCUCAAGAUGCUUUUACCAGAGAGACUUUAAAAAGAAAAGACGGAUGACAUCGUUACAAGUGAAUAAAAUGGAGACGGAUGUGCAUCGACUUUAGUCAUCAAUAAAGUUUCCCCACCUCUUUCCGUCUUUCUCCCCUAUCCUAACCAACAUGGCCGCUAAGUCGGAUGGAGCAGCGGUGUCUGUGGAAGAUGACAACACGCCCAGGAGCCUCUCGGAGCCGGGGAUCCCCGCCGCCGCCCGGCCCCGCUGCACCUCGGCGGGCGGAAAACCCUACACCCUGCUGGACUGCUGCUGGGUGCUCUGCGCCCUGCUCGUCUUUUUCUCCGACGGCGCGACUGACCUGUGGCUGGCCGCCGACUACUACCUGAGAGGCGACUACUGGUGGUUCGGCUUGACGCUCGUCUUUGUGGUGGUGCCCUCCGCCGUCGUCCAGGUGUUGAGUUUCAGGUGGUUCGUGUAUGACUACUCGGAUCAGAGCGGCGGGGACAGCGGCGGGGGCGGAGCGGCGGCGGCGGCAGGCGGAGGGAGCGCGGCAGGCGCGGCAGCCGACAGCACUUUAAGCACCAAGGACAGCGACCAGCGCGGCGAGAACGACAGCAACGUUCCGCCGGUUUACACGUCCACUGUCCCGGCUGACACGGCAGGGAGGGUCGGCCAACCUCGGAGGUGCUGCACCGUCUGCAUGUGGGUCUUUCAAACCGUGCUGCACGUCCUCCAGCUGGGACAGGUCUGGAGGUACAUCCACGCCCUGUACCUGGGCGCCCAGAGCCGUUGGCACAGUAAUGGGCCGCGGCGCCAUUUCCACUGGCGCCUGAUGUUUGAGAGUGCUGACAUCACCAUGCUCCGCCUCCUGGAGGCUUUCCUCAAGUCAGCGCCGCAGCUCGUCCUCCAGCUAAGUAUCAUGAUCCACGGAAACGCCGUUCUGCCUCUGCAGGGACUUUCAGCCUCAGCCUCCCUGGUGUCUCUGGCCUGGAUGAUCGCCUCCUACCAGAAGGUUCUCCGAGACUCCCGUGACGACAAACUGCCCAUGUCCUACAAGGCGGUGAUUGCACAGAUGCUGUGGCACUUCUUCACCAUCGGAGCGAGGACCGUGGCCUUCGCCCUCUUCGCUUCCGUCUUCCAGCUCUACUUUGGGAUCUUCAUCGUCAGCCACUGGUGUGUCAUGACGUUCUGGAUCAUCCAAGGAGAAACUGACUUCUGCAUGUCCAAGUGGGAGGAGAUCAUCUACAACAUGGUGGUGGGCAUCAUCUACAUCUUCUGUUGGUUCAAUGUCAAGGAAGGUCCCAGUCGUUUCCGCAUGACCGUCUACUACUCUGUGACGCUGGCUGAGAAUGUCGCACUGACGGCCGCCUGGUACACCUACCGCAGCCCGCUCACCUCUGACUCCUACGCUCUGGUCGUGGUGUGUUUAGUUGCCUGCAGCUUCGCCAUGGGAACCUUCUUCAUGCUGCUGUACUACUGCUGGCUGCACCCCGAUGGACCCGUCCUCGGCUCACAUUGGGGAGGGUGUGUAGACGAGGGCGUGGUGGGUGCAGGAGGGGUCGCGGGAGUGAUUGAUGCUUGCCUCACUCCAUCACAAGGAUCCCAAACAGACAUGGUCAUUACAAGCCCACCGCGGACCCUCCCCAGGACUAAGGACACGGGGGAGCUGGGUCCUGGGGAGAGAGACAGGGACAAGGAGAGAGACAGGGACAGUUGCUUGCCUGUCUUCCAGGUCCGUCCCUCCCCAUCCUCCUCUCCUGCACUCCUUCACAGGACCUCCUCCUCGUCCCGUGCGCAGGAGGGCCCCGUGAUCCGGAUUGACCUCCCGAGAAAGCGCUACCCGGCGUGGGACGCGCACUUCAUCGAUCGGCGCCUCCGCAAGACCAUCCUGCUUCUGGAGACAACAUCGGCCUUCAGCCCCCGGAUACAGUACAGAAGUAGCAUGAUGGGUAGCAAAGAGGUUCUAGAAUACGAGACGACAGUCUAGACCUAUGGGGGUUCUUAAACCUCAAAUGCAGUCUGGGACCACGGCUCAGCUGGAGAUUAGUUCUCAUCCCAGGACAAUGAAACAGGUGAAGCAUGGAAAUGUGAGACAGUGUCGGACGAACCACUUUUGAGAAAAGCGGUUGUCGGAACAUGAUUGUAAAAUGUGAAGCGCAAUCUGGGACUGACUGAGGCUCUCUCUUUAGGACACAGUCCAGCAGUAAGUAGCAUGAAUGAGCCUUGGGAAGUGAAUGGACUGACGCUGAACUGGGUCAAUCUUCAUCCUCUUUGUUAAAAAGACUCCAAGAUCAGAAAUUUAAUCUCACGUCCUGGGACCAAGGGAAGUUAGAUUCAGCUUCUGACCGUAUGGUCAGCACAAGGAGUCGAAAAGACGUAGGAGCGACGAGGUCACGGAGAUUGAGAUAACACAGAAAGAGUAAGCUGCAUGAGACAAAGCCUUGGACUCCAGAGAUGGGACAGAGACCAGGGGAAGUUGGGAGACGUCACAGUGGCUUUGGCAGCGGGGCAUGCAAUUAUUUUGAUAUGGCUGCAAAUUCAGAUUGAUCGUCCAAUAUUUACAUCUUUAGCUCCACCUUGAGGCCACACUGAAUAUAACAAUUGUUUACUUUGCAACCCAGGAAAUAGGCCCUGUAUUAUCAUUGGUUCAAAAUCACAGAAAAAAAA